GGAGUCCAGUGCCGGUGACCGGAUGUAAGGCUUGCUACCUUCAGAUGGGCUUUAAGGAAAUGUUGGGCUUUAACCGACAAACAAUAGCGGUCCUGCAAAUCGCAUUACCUCAAGUCAUUUUUAUUGCGUGUCUGGAAACGGACAAAGUGAGGAGGGUUCAAUAACAGCGUCACUCCUAGUCCCGGAACCCAGAAAAACGCAUAGUAAAACGGAAAGAGAAUCUACAUUCUCCUAGGCUAAUAAUAUUCAGGACUGUACUAUUGGCCGAAGGACCUUGUAAACGCGGCUUAUAAAAGCAUCCAGCUGUGGUUGGUCCUGGUGCGCAGAGAGCAGCCUACUCAGCACUCUGGGCUCGUCAGCCAUGGCUCUGCUGGCCUACCUGAAGAGCCUGUUCAUCCUGCAGCUGCUGAUGGGCUUUGUGUUUGUGGUUAGCGGCCUCAUCAUAAACUUCAUCCAGCUUUGCACCUGCAUCCUCUGGCCCAUAAACAAACAGCUGUACCGCAGAAUCAACUGCCGGCUCUCCUACUCCCUCUGGAGUCAGCUGGUGAUGCUGCUGGAGUGGUGGUCGGGCACAGAAUGUACUCUGUACACAGACCAAGCCACGGUGGAUAAAUUUGGCAAAGAGCAUGUUAUCGUCAUCCUCAACCACAACUAUGAGAUCGAUUUCCUCUGUGGGUGGACCAUGUGUGAAAGAUUCGGUAUCCUGGGGAGUUCAAAGGUGCUAGCCAAACACGAGCUGCUGAAGGUUCCACUGAUCGGCUGGACCUGGUACUUCCUAGAAAUUGUCUUCUGCAAAAGGAGGUGGGAGGAGGACAAAAAAACGGUCUUUAGUGGACUGAACAGACUGAAGGACUAUCCAGAAUUUAUGUGGUUUCUUCUGUAUUGUGAAGGCACACGUUUCACUGAGAAGAAACACCAGAUCAGCAUGCAGGUGGCAGAGAGUAAAGGUCUGCCCAGGCUCAAGUACCACCUGCUCCCCCGAACCAAAGGUUUUACCACCACCCUGCAGUGUCUCAGAGGCACAGUUUCUGCUGUGUACGACGUGACGUUGAACUUUAAAGAUAACCAAACUCCCACUCUCCUCGGAAUCGUUCACGGCAAGAAAUACAAAGCUGACAUGAGUGUGAGACGGUUCCCUGUGGAGGACAUACCUGACGAUGAAGGGGAGUGUGCCAACUGGCUGCACAAGCUCUACCAGGAGAAGGAUGCAUUACAAGAAUUCUACAACAAGGAGCGAAGGUUCCCUGGACCCACUAUUGUCCCAGCGCGGCGGCCGUGGACGCUCCUUAACUUUUUGUUUUGGGCCACUCUGCUUCUUUCUCCUCUCAUUAAAUUUGCCUGUGGAGUGGCGGUCAGCGGUUCGCCCCUCCUCAUCAUCGGCUUCAUCAUCUUUCUCAUCAUAGCUUCCAUAGCCAUUCGACGGCUCAUCGGAGUCACUGAGGUGAAGAAAACGGGCUCCAGUUACGGCGACCAGGAGGCCAAGAAAGGAUACUAG